GUCCUAUUUACAACGUCUAUAUCAAUGCCUUCCCCAUCAAUACCAUCUUCCCGGUGGUGCUCUUGCCGAACGCUUCCUCGGAACCUAUGCUGAUCUUAUUGAAGGUGUCGUCUACCGACGUCACAACUGGGAAAAGCCCCUGAUUUUUACCAUGGUCAUUCUUCAAAAGGUCCCUCAUGUUCGCAGGAACCGCGACAUCAAACCACUGCUGACUCGGCGUCUUGAUCAAUGGGACAGUGGUUUUUAUGAAUCAUUUGUUACCGAAUGUCACAAAGCCAUGGAGUCUUUCCUCUCCGAUCGCCGCGGCUCCAGCACACCAGAACAACGAGCCCGCCGCUUUCAGCAUCUCAUGCUUCAAGGUGAGGUGCGCCGAGCUGUCCGCUUUAUCACUGCACGUGAACAAUUCGGCGUGCUGCUCCCCACAGCUCACACUGAUGACGGCAAGGGCACCGAGCGGUCUGUCUUGGACAUUCUCAAAUCCAAGCAUCCCUCUCCAACCCCUAUUAAUUUAGCCCAGCUUCCCAAAUUCGAUGCUCCCCCACCGCCUUUGUAG